AUGGAAAUUGGCAAACAAAACAAAAGCCGCGCACCAGAACUGUUUUGGCCACUUAACAGUCACCCAAAAUGGAAGCGCGAAAACAAAGAAAACAGCGAUCAAAGUCGUGCACAAUCAGGGCGCCGUGAUCUAGAGAAUCAGCCGUUGCGCAGAGAACAAAGGAAAUAUACCGCAGGAGCGGCCGUCGGGAGGUUGGUAAAUAAUCAGCGGCUGAAAAGGAAACGGCUGGAUGGCGCUCCAGCCACCCCGCUGGCAUUGUUGCCGGUGUCAGCACUUUCGUAUGCGCACCUGGCCUACGAUAACUGGUUACCGAGGUUGAGCGAUGCGCGUAAUCGCAGCGCACGAAUUAAGCUAUGCAUAUGA